AUGCUCUCACUUGUUGCUGCAGUGAAGGCACCCCGCACACACAACCGUCGCCGCGUGACCGGAUCCAGCGGGAGGAGGAGGGAAGGAAGAGAGAGUGAGCGGCAGAGGUCCAACAUGUCCCGGCGUGCGUUUAAUUCCGCGGUGCUGCUCCUCCUCGUCGUGAUGAUGUGCUGCGGCAGUGGUGGAGCUGCAGCCACUAAUAAGGGGGCUUCAACUCAGGGAACUUCACCGGAGAAAUAUUUUGAUUGGAGAGAUAAAAAAGAAGGAGAAACAGUGAGUUUGCUCCGUGAUCCCAGUCUUGUUGAGGUGAAUGGUGAUGUGUUUGCCGUUGCCGAGGCGCAGUGCACGGAAGCCAGCAAGAGCGGUUUUACUGGGAUUGCCUCGGAGCUCUUGACGUUGACUGAAGAAUCAUCAAAAGAGGAGUUUGAUGCAACUCAAUUGAAGACACAAGUACUGGAGGAAUGUCCUGCCGAAAGUACUGGUUGUGCCUCCCAAACAGAAGCUCAGGAUGAUGAUGAUUCCAAAAGCCGGAAAAAAGUACGUGUGAGCCGGCCAACAACAGUUGUGAAGGGAAGCGAUAUUCACAUGCUUGCUGGAACCUACAGUUUUGAAGUUACUGAAGGCGUUGAUCAGACAGCUGCAGCAGCUAAAUGGGGACUUUUGGUGGCGAGCGGCAACGUCAGUACUGAGGGCAGCGAUAAAAGAAUUUAUUGGAACGACGCUUACGUUAUCCCGUCGACUUAUUUUGAAAAGCAACACGAAUCCUUGACAGGACUGAUUGGCGGCGGUGGAUCGGGUCUUAAGAUGAAGGACGGUACGCUUGUGUUCCCAGUGGAAGGCACGAAGGAUGGAAAGGCCGUUUCGCUGAUCAUAUACACAGCCACUGAUGGUGGGAAUCUGUCGAAGGGGAUGUCUGACGAUGGCUGCAGUGAUCCCUCCGUCGUGGAGUGGAAGGACAAACUCAUGAUGAUGACUGCGUGUGGUGAUGGCCGCCGCAGGGUGCACGAGUCCGCCGACAAGGGGGAUUCGUGGACGGAGGCGCUCGGGACACUUUCGCGCGUGUGGGGCAACAACCAAAAGGAAGGUAAGAGACGCGGGAGCGGUUUCAUCACAGCGACGAUUGAGAACAGGGACGUGAUGCUUGUCACUCUGCCGGUGUAUCCCAAAAAGGAGAAAAAUGGAAACAACAAUGGAAAGGGCGUACUCCAUCUUUGGCUGACGGACAAUACGCGCAUGUG